AGAGCGCGGCCGCCGCCCGGUGCCGUCCUCCCGCCCGCCGCCAUGCUGCCCGCUGCCGCCCUCCUCCUCCGCCGCUGCGCCGCCGCCGCCGGCCUCCGCGCUGCCUUCCGCGGCCCCGCAGGUGAGCGGCGGCGGGCGGGCCGCGGUGUCCUUGCCGUGACCCGGCGGGCGGGCCUGGGGCUCGGCGUGAGCUCGCUUUCGCUUCGAUGCACGUUGAUGUGGUGCUGCGUGCCCCUUCGGGAUCCGAGCUGUGCGCGGCCACGCGAGCCGUCUCAGGCCGUUUAAGCCUGAAGCUGAUCGCUUUCUCAAUGGGCAAAGUCAGAUUUGUCAGGUUCGGGCUUGGAUGGCGGCACUCGGCGCUGCUGGGGUCGCGCUGUGGGUGUGGAGGUGGGGUUAUCCUGGGGGUGACGGCCUGGGCCCUGUCCCGCUGCGCCCCUCAGGGCGGGCUGUGCCCGGCGUGGUGCCGCUGUGGUGUCAUUGGGGAAGGUCAGGGCGGCAGCGCCCGCUGGGCCUCAGCAUUCUGUAUACAUCUGCCCCGUUCCUGCUCCGCUAACGCGGAUGCAACGCUUUUAAUCACAUUCUGAAUCAGAAUCGCGGCUUCAGCCUUGGGUCUGGUUGAGAAUCUGCUCGGGCUUUGUGCUUAGCGAAGCUUCCUGUAAUGCUUCCCAUCCCCGGGGUUCGUUCCCUUUGUGCUUCCUGUAGGUGACAGCCGCUGCGAUCUUCGAGGCUGAAAAGCUGUUGUGGGUGAAGGAGGAGGAGCGCAGCCCAGGCCGGUGGGUUGUGCACGGGGCGCAGGCCACGUGGCUGUGCUUCCUCUCCUUUUAAAGAAAGCUUCAGCUGUGCAGUGCCCGCAGUUCAUGCUGGGUUAAGGAGAGGGAAAGCGAGCGGCGCUGUGGAGGCCCUCAAGGUCACGCCUGAGCCUGGCUGCUCUGCAAACAUUGGCACGGGGACACUGUGGUGGAGCAGAGCAGAGCCUGAUGGGCUGGGGCUGUGCCUUAACAGAAAGGAUCUGCUUGGAAACAAACAACCCUGCUGUGCAGCACGCCCGCUGCUACUCCCACGGGUCACAGGAGUCAGAUGAAGAGUUUGAUGCCCGCUGGGUGACGUAUUUCAACAAACCAGACAUCGAUGCCUGGGAGCUAAGGAAAGGUGUAAACACGCUCGUGGGUUAUGAUUUGGUUCCGGAACCAAAAAUCAUUGAUGCAGCUCUGAGGGCGUGCAGACGGUUAAAUGACUUUGCCAGCGCAGUCCGCAUUCUGGAGGUGGUGAAGGACAAGGCAGGCCCGCACAAGGAAAUCUAUCCCUAUGUUAUCCAGGAACUUAGACCAACUUUGAGUGAACUAGGAAUCUCCACUCCAGAGGAACUGGGCCUGGACAAAGCAUAAACAUUGUUGGUGCGUUACCGGAGCAUUCUGCCAAUGCUGCCCGAUUGUACACAGUCGCCUCAAGUCAGAAAUGUUCAAGUAUCACCUUAUUUCAAAUAACUUUAUUGAAUUGCAAUGUAUGUGAUGUGGAGUUGGACUUAAUAAAGGAAAACCUAGUUGAACUCAG